CUAUUGAUUGUGUUGUGAUUGUUUGUGCUUUUAGAAUUUACGAUUAAAAUUAACAAAAGGCUUUUGUUAAAAAAGUGUUUUAAAAAGACAUUGCAUUUAAAAUGUAUUGCGCUAUAGAAAGACGCCUUAAUAAUUAUAAGUCUUAGAUUCAUGCGAUUUGGAAAUGUAUUCGUGUUUAAUUUCAAUAUCAUAUUGUAUAUGUCAGAGGAAAUUCAUGACAGGAUGAGUCCAUGUAUUUAUGACAGUUUGAAUUAAUACCAAAAUGAUGAUUCGAAGUAAUAUAUUAGAAAUAAUUUGAUUUCAGAGAAGAUAAAAAAUAUUAAAAAUUAUAGGGAAUUCAUACAAGAUUUGUGAAAGUUUUGAAGAAAUUUCAAUAUUUAAACUGAAAAAAAGAAAAUUUGAAAUGAAACACAAACGAAUGGAUUAUAUUCAAAAUAAUGGUGUUAUUCACUUUUGGAAGUAGCUCGUCCAUUGAUAAAGAUAGACGAGUGACUGUUUUAAAAAAACAAUUUUAAGGAUAUAUUAAAAAAAACACACGACAGAUGUGCUUAAACUAUUUUUUAAAUAAAAUAUACGAAUUUAUUUACAAUUUUUUAUGAAAUUGAAAGUUGAAUAAAGUUAUUUUAAUAGUCUGUAAUCCAAUCAUACGUUUUACACAUUAUAAUAAGUAAACAUAUCAUUCAUAUUUCUGUCUUAAUUUGGGACUUGAAUACCAUUUAAAAUAUCACGACUGUUAGAUAAACGAUAUGACUUCAAAUGCUUGUGAAUUUGUAAGCCACUUGUAUAUUGUCAAUACCAAAUGCAAUAAAUCAAAUAUCAAUCAUUGAACCGAUGAACAGGGUAGCAGUCUACCGAUAAGGGGGAAGUAAAAAUAUGAAAUCUUUUUUGUCUACAAAAGUGUUAGUAUUUAAACAAAACAUUGAUAGAUUUAUAAGGAUUUUGGCUAUCUAAAUAAGAAAUGAUGAAAAGAAAAACAAAUAUGUCGGAAUGGUUAUAAAACGUUUUCGUUCCGGAUUUUUUUAAACGAUUAUCUGACAGUGCAAUAAUUAAUGACACAUUUCAAGUUUGUAGUCUGUCAUAUUCUCAACAUUUCACUCUACGUAAUGUAGAGAAGUGAUUUAAAUUUUAGCACAAAGCAUGCUAUUAAACACACACAGUUCCCACGUUGAAAAUGAAACCGAAGUAAGAAAUGUUUUGUUGUGGAGGUAAAUCAUUGAUUAGUGUUAUUCCGCGCGCUGGGAACACCAAUGAAAGCCGAGUAUUAAACGAGCGUAGUCCGUUGUCAAUGGAUACCAACGAGACAAGGUCAAGGUCGAAUGUGACAGAGCUAGGAAACCGUACAAUGCAUGACAAACAGGAUAAUGUGGAGACAAUUGAAGUCAAUGUAUUGAGUACGGAUAACUCAGAGUCAUCACUGACAAAGAGUGAUACAACUAUGUCUAAUUCAGAUAAGACUAUUAGUGACCUUGAAAAGAGUGAAGGUGAAAUCAUUGAAGCGGAAACGCCGAAAGAACCGGUAGAGUCAAGGUCAAAAGUGUCAGAGGAAAAAUGUGAAAAGGAUAACGCUGUGGAAAAUGUUGCGAAAGUUAUUACUAACUAUUCUGCAAAGGAAAAGAAUAUGGCUACGUCCCCUGGGCGCUUGCUGGCAACCUACCCGCUCGUGCCGUCGUUCACGUACAGCGAGAAGCUUGAUUGCUACGUGGACAACAUUGACCUCCUUGACCCGGAUAUUCCCGGGCCACACCCACCCACAACCCGGAAAACCGAGGUGUUCCGACUAGAAGACUACUCAGAUGUUGAUGAACGCGCUGUUUCAGCCCCAGCCCGCCUACUUAAAGGGACCUUAAAGGAACUGGUGGCUUAUCUGACGAAGGAUUACCAUGACGACAUGUCGCGAUUGCGCGUUAUCUACCGCUGGAUCACGUGUCAACCGCUUGAAAUGAUCACCAUGCGGAAAGAGCCUCCACAGUCACAUGCAAUCUUUCAGCUGUGGCGAAUUAGAAAUAAGAAGGGUAACUACGCUCAGCUUGUCAGUCUUCUGUGUCGGUAUGCCAAUAUCCCCUGCGUCAUAAUCCACGGCGUCUUAAAAGGUUCAACGUACGAGGUCGGUGACGUCAUCGAUGAGGACCGCCAUUACGGCGAGUGGAACGCCGUCCUCGUUAACGGAUCAUGGCGCUUCAUCAACGCGUACUGGGGCACGUGCGCAGAGGGCGCCUCCAGCGGAAAUGACGUCAUCGAUGAUUUCUCGGAUGAGUCACCGAACAAACUUUAUUACGCUUGUGACGAGAACUACUUUUUAACCGACCCUGACCACGUUGUGGCCACGCAUUUACCGAAAAAGCCAAAAUGGCAACUGAAGAAAAAUCCUCUAAGUUUGGAGGAAUUCCAGAAAAUGACAUUUGUGAAGGAUCGAUAUUUUAACCUGAAACUCAAGACACUUACUCAUCCUCAUUGUGUUGUAGAGAGUAAUACAGGGGAAGUGGAAAUUAAGUUUUUGAUUCCGCCGAAAAAGUCGCUGGACAUUGACUUUCAGCACUUGUUGUUCAAAGUUACGGACGAAUUGGAUAAAAGAAUUGACCGGCUAGCGUUCAUACACCGGACGAACAGCAACGAUCACCUGACUAUCCGGGUGCGUUCACCGUCGGCUGGAACGUACAGAUUUGAGCUCGUCGGGAAGGACACGUCAGUGACGUCGGAGAGCUACGACUAUGAUUGGAUCGCUAUCUACAAGAUUGUCUUUCAUGAAGGGCAGUAUGGAUGCCCCCUCUUCCCCCCAACGCCGUCUACAGGAUGGGGCCCGGGGCGUGUCGCGGAAGCCACAGGCCUUGUUCCGCUCAGUCAUUUCACGGGAGAGGUUGAGAUGGACGACCAUGGCAAAGUAGAGAUUAGAUUUGGAGCGGCCCAUAAAGACCGCAUUGGUGAAAUGCUCUAUAUCGCAAAGGUGUAUACAGGCGGUGAAAAAAUGGACGAACUUCCGGACUGCGCCGUUCACCGCGUAGAAGAUGGUGACGUCAUCGUCAACGUCAUGACACCGAAGAAGGGUGAAUUCGUUCUAAGACUGUUCGCUAAGGACAUCAAUACGGAAAAAGUGAGCGAGUUCUGUAACUACCUCCUGAUUUCAAACCAAAUGGAAUCAAACGGACACUUCCCAAAAGGCUUUCAGACGAAACUCGGUCCCAAAGCGGCAUUUAUGACGUCAGGUCUGACACCGACGACGCCGUCGGGUCUUAUCCGUUCGGAGCAUGCGGAAGUUUACCUAGGGUUCACGCGCACAGAGGAUAUUGAAUUGUCGGUGAACUUUUCGGGGGAGAACGUAAAGCCGGCGGAAGCACCUAGGUUGCUGUCACAAACUGAGAGCGGAAAAAACGUCACCUACACCGUCAGACUUCCGGAGAUCGGGCUAUACGGGGUUAAGAUCCGGGGCACGAGACAAGAUGGCGCAGUGCACGAGCCAAUAUAUGAUUACGUCAUAGAUUAUCGGAAGGCCAAGAAGAGGACGAAGAACACUCAGAGUAUUAAAGAGGAAGCCGAGACCUAUACCCAUGACACCUAUGCCGAUAUUCUUCGACGGCGCUUGCGCAUGUCGAUUGAGGAAUCCAACCCAAUCGAAUUGAAGAAUGUGAUAAGUGAAAUGAGAGGUCUAAAAAUAGCCUCGAUGGAACAGGAUAUCAUGCAUGGCGAGGAAGAGUGCAUAUUCAUUAACAUAAAGCGAGAUCUGCUGAUUGCGAUUCGGGACAAGGACUCUAAGAAACUAAAAUCUGCCGUGAAGAAGGUCAAGGCCGCCAAACUGGAAGAAAGAUUGCAGUACGAGGUUAACCUAGCAAAGAGCUUAAUAGAAAGAUUAAAGAAACUCCAAAAAUUGCUACACGCGAUCCUAGCCCUGGAUCAAUCCACGAUUAUGGAGAUCCGUGGCUAUUCCAGUCCACCCCCUAUAGUCCACACUGUGAUGAUGGCCACACUUCUUUUGCUCGGCCAUUGGCAUGAGGACACAAAGGCCUGGAAAAACAUUCAAACUCUCCUUCUGAAGACCGGGAAAGAGUCAAUUAAGCGUCAUAUCCAGGACUUCCGGUUGGAGUGCUGCCCUCUAGAGGCUGCGAUGGGAGCGAAGGACUACCUGCGGGACUACAGUAUUGAUCAGGUCCGCCUCGUGAGCGCCGGAUGUGCGACAUUCUAUGUCUGGGUUAAGGGUGUGAUCGAGGAACUAGAGAAAAGAGCGGGAGAGGAGAUGAGCCAAAUCCGGCCAAAGACCGGAAAGGGCCGCCGGCGUCGGGAGCUCACCUUCCUCAACGACCUCAAUGGCUCUCGAGACGCCUAGGAUGUUUUACAAAUGGAUGGCACGAGAAAAUACAACAGUAUAUCGAGUUCGCGAGUUGUACAAAUCUAUUUUUAUUUGUAGAAAUACAAAUUCUAAACGCCAGCAAAUUGAUCUUAUUUGUUUUGCAGUGAAUGUGUUACGAUGACCUGAAGCGACCUGUUUUGGGUUGAGUGUUAUUGAACAUUUUAUGUACUUAUUGUGUGUAUAAUUGUUACUUUUACAAAACUAUAAUCAUUAUUUUUAUAGAGGCAUUGUUUAACUGUUUAUGUUGUGACGUCAACCUAGGGAUAUUUAUUCUUAAGUAUUAAUAUUGAUCAGAUGCUUUUGUUAACUUGUGAUGUAUUAUGUAUCUAUUCUAAUAAAUAAACA